AUGAAAUUUAAUAAAAUAGUUUUAAUUUUAAUUUUAAAUUUAGUUUUUUAUUUUAAUAAUUUUAUAAUUUGUUUCAAUGAUGGUGGUAGUGGUGGUGGUGAAAAUAUUGAAAAAAAUAAUUAUUGCCAAACAUAUUUAUCAAAUUAUUUAAAUGAAAAAUGUGUUCAAUUCUCAAUUGUUGGAAUUGAUAGUGAAAAUCUUAAUCAAGAAUCAUUAAAAGGGAAUUUAAAAUUACUUGAAGAUCAACAAAUUUUAAUUCCAGUUGGUAAUAUUAUUAAUUCAUUAAAUUCAAAUUUAAAAACAUUUUGUAACAAUAAAGGUUUAUUACAACCAAUAAGUGACCAUUUAAAAAUAAAAGAUUUUAAAUUAUUAACCAAUGGUACUAUAAAAAUAAAUGAUCUUUACUCUCAAUUAAAUUGUUUAAAUCCUGAUAUUAUAAAUUUUAAAUUAAAUAAUUUUUCUUAUUUAUUUUCUUUAAAAGGGUUUCAAGAAUGUCCAAGUAUAUUAAAUAUUGGUGAACCAUGUAAUCAAAAUAAAAAUAAUGGUGAUGGUAGUGAUAAUGAUGGUUUAUUAUCACCAAUUUCUCAAUCAAAUUUACCAAAAACUUUACCACUUUGCCAACCUCGUGAUAAUCCAUUAGAGAGUAAUUAUUGUCCAGGUAGUUUUGAAACAAUUGAAAAAAACAAUGGUAAACCAUUUGAUAUUUUAUUAAAUGUUUCAAUAGUAUCUAAAGGGUUAGAUAAAUUUGGUGAUAAUUAUUAUCAACAUAAAGUGAUUGUAACAAAUCAUGAAUCAUAUGGUGUAAAAGAUGUAAGAAUUCACUCAUUACAAUUUUUACAAUAUGUUCCAUACCAUCCACGUUAUCCAAAUGGUGAUUUUUUAGUACCAAAAUCUUCAUCUCUUUUAGGUUCUGGAAAAGAAUAUACUUUUAUUUUUAAUUGUACUCAUCAAUAUCCAUCAUUAUCUGUAGUUAAUUUAGUUAGAGGUAUACCACCACCACAAUAUUCUUAA